AUGGAGCCUAAUUUCAACUUUCUCCUUUACAGGCUGAGUUCUCUGCCAGCUGGCGUCCCCAAGCUGAGCUAUCGCUUUGCAUCAUCUCACAAGUACAUUCCCAGGAGAGCUGUGCUGUAUGUACCUGCGGAUGAUGAAAAGAAGAUACAAAAAAUCCCAUCACUAAAUGUCGAUUGUGCGGUGUUGGACUGUGAAGAUGGCGUGGCUCUGAACAGAAAGAGAGAAGCAAGGCUGACAGUUGUGAAAACGCUUGAAGAGUUUGACAUUGGCCGUGCUGAGAAGUGUGUGAGGAUAAACUCCGUGUCCAGUGGCCUUGCAGAGGAAGAUCUAGAGGUGCUUUUGCAGUCCAAGACUCUUCCUUCAAGUCUGAUGCUGCCAAAGGUUGAAAGUGUGGAAGAAGUUAAAUGGUUUGCAGACAAAUUCGCACAUCACUCGAAAGGCCGAACACUUGCAGAACCAAUGCAUUUUAUCCCAUUUGUAGAAACCGCGGUGGGGUUGCUCAAUUUUAAGGCUGUCUGUGAAGAAGCAUUGAGAACAGGAUCCCAGGUUGGCUUUCAUUUGGAUGCAGUCGUCUUUGGAGGAGAGGAUUUCCGUGCCAGCAUAGGUGCAACAAGCAAUAAGGAAACUCACGAUAUUUUAUAUGCCAGGCAGAAAAUAAUAGUCACAGCAAAGGCAUUUGGCCUCCAAGCAAUAGACCUGGUUUACAUUGAUUUCCGAGAUGAAGAUGGGCUCCGUAGGCAAUCAAAGGAAGGUGCCUCGAUGGGCUUCACUGGUAAGCAGGUGAUUCACCCUAACCAAAUUGCUGUUGUCCAGGAACAGUUCUCUCCCAGCCCUGAAAAAAUAAAGUGGGCGCAAGAACUGAUUUCUGCUUUUGAAGAACAUCAGCGUUUAGGAAAGGGCGCUUUCACGUUCCGCGGGAGCAUGAUAGACAUGCCGCUGCUGAAGCAGGCACGGAACAUUGUUACGCUUGCCACAGCCAUCAAGAAAAAAUGAUCUGGUAAAUGGAGCGCUCACCAUGGGGCCACGGAAGCUUGUUUUAAAAGAUGACUAUAAGACUUCAGGGGAAAAAAAAAAUCAAAUGCAUCACGCUUAAGAAGAAAUUCAUUGACGUUUUGCAGAUCUGCCAUAAUUUCCUUGCCAGAAUUGCUCGUCGUUAACAGUGCUCGCAACCCAAAGUGCCGCUCGCUCUCAGUGCCUGCCACGGUGCCAUGUCAUGCGUGAUAUCAUGGCUAUGGGAUCGUGGCUUCACAAGAGGACACCAGCAGGAUAUGAGCAGUGAGCUCCCCUCAAAUAACCUGCGGACACCGGUCAGCCUUCAGUCUCCAUUCCCAUGACAAAGUCCAUGUGAAAGUCAAAGCUCUGGGUAAUCACACAUCAGCUGAAAUAAAUGUGAUGAAACUCACUGGAUGAAACUCACUGUCCUGCACAGGCUUCUCACCCUCCAUUCCCCCCUCCCCCCCCCCUCGCCUCGUAUCUCUGCCAUUAAAACACUGCCCCUACACAAGACUCUGUCUCUGCUUUCGGCAGCCGCGGUCGAGGCACGGUUCUCGGCGGCACAAUGCGGCAGAAAUCGUGCAUAUGGUCGCGAGUCAGAUUUACAUCACAUUAGGGAUACGGCGACAGGUCAUGUGGGCCGUGUGGUUAACGGGCUUAGUAAAGCUGUUUUGAAGAGGUUAACCCAGCUUGUAGUAAGGGUAAAUAAACAUAACAACCGGGCAUUGUCCUCUAUUCAGCAUGUACUCUUAUAUGGAGGGCUAAAGGGUAUUGAAGCUGCAGAGGAUCAACUUGUGGUUGCCAGAGGACUCCAAUGAAGUUUGAAACACCAACAAUCAGAGAUUUUGUUUCUGUUCCUCAUUAAAUCAUGAGCUUUUGUGCUCAGACUA